AAAAACAAAAAAAAAGGGAAAGAAAGAAAAACCGUUCGGAAUAGCAUUCCCAACGGACCAAAAAAAAAAAAAAAGAAUUUCGAAUAGUCUUUGAGGAUUCGCAUAAUACACAAAUCCGACUUUCCCUUGGUUUCGUCUCCACCAAGUUCCCUGCCCUGCAGCCCCUACUCACUAUUUUUGGAGAAGCCAUGGACGAUAGCUGUGCGGUGUGCGCCGACGCCCUUGAAUGGGUUGCCUAUGGGCCGUGUGGUCACCGGGAGGUGUGCUCCACUUGCGUGGCGCGCCUCCGCUUUAUCUGCGAGGAUCGCCGUUGUUGCAUCUGCAAGACCGAAUCCGACGUCGUCUUCGUCACGAAGGCUUUAGGCGACUAUACAAGGAUGAUUAAUGACUUUUCAGUCUUGCCAUCUGAAGUAAAGGAGGGACGUGUUGGAGCAUACUGGUAUCAUGAGGACACACAAGCCUUCUUUGAUGAUGUGGAUCACUAUAAGAUGAUCAAGGCAAUGUGCAAGCUUUCUUGCAGUAUAUGUGACAAGAUGGAGGAGCAAUUCAAUGAUGGUUCAAAACGACGUGGAAAAUUUCGGAACAUUGAACAGCUUAAGGGGCAUAUAUUCCAUCGGCACAAGUCAUUUAUGUGCAGCCUAUGUUUGGAGGGAAGGAAGGUAUUUAUUUGUGAACAAAGGCUAUAUACGAGAGCACAAUUGAAUCAGCACAUAAGUACAGGUGACUCUGAAGUGGAUGGAAGUGAGAGUGAAAGAGGAGGUUUCAUGGGGCACCCUAUGUGUGAGUUCUGCCGAACCCCAUUCUAUGGGGAUAAUGAACUGUACUCUCAUAUGUCUACUGAACACUACACUUGCCAUAUUUGCCAAAGGCAGCAUCCUGGACAAUAUGAAUAUUAUAAGGAUUAUGAUGACCUGGAGAUGCACUUCCGUCAAGCGCAUUUCCUAUGCGAAGAUGAGGCUUGCCUUGCCAAAAAGUUUGUUGUCUUUCAAUCUGAAAGUGAAAUUAAGAGACAUAAUACUAUUGAGCAUGGAGGGCGUAUGUCUCGUUCCAAGCGUAAUGCUGCUCUUCAGAUACCAACGAGCUUCCGAUAUCGACGAAGUAAUGAACAAGGUCAUCGCCGAGGAAGGGGACAGACAUUUCUUCGGGAUUCUUCUGAAAAUGAACUUUCUAUGGCUAUUCAAGCAAGUUUGGAGACAGCUAAUGCCAAUAAUGCAGUUCAUGAUUCAUCAUUGCCAUCUGGUGGGCAAGUAGCUCCUGAUCUCAGGCAAGAAAGUGAUAUAGAUCCAAUCAUUCAGCCAUUUGAGACAUUAGCUGCAACUGAUUCUGAAGCAUCUGCUAGAUACCUUCAAGCUUUGGGGCACUCAAGGAAUAAGCGUUUGGAAGAAUCUGCCUUCCCUCCCCUUUCCAAUGCACCUGGCAGCAGCAGUCAGUUGAAACCCAAACAUGACUCAGAUGGUUUGCCUAAUAACAGUAUGGCAGCACAUCUUCGCCGCAAAGGCCACCAUAAUGUGACUGUUGUUAAUACAGGUCAGGCUUGGGCAGCAGCUAGCCGUGGACCUGUGAUACCUUCAAGCAAUUCAUCUCAGGCUUGGCCUGCUAUUAAUGCUGCACCUGGAAUUUCUCGUGGUUCUAGCCAGAAUAAGACUUCCAUUGGCAAUGCACCUGAUUCAUCUAGUUACGCUAGUUCUGCUCAAGUUCGGCCCACAACAUUUCACGGACUAACAUCUAGUUCUUCGAAGAACUCAAGUAACCCUGGUAGGAUCAGUCACUCUACAUCUGCACCAAAUCUGGUUGAGAAUGGAUCUGUUGAACCUUCAAUUUCAGAUUUUCCCCCAGUUUCUGCAGUGCAAGUGAGAAAGUUACCCUCAAGUAGCCAGGCUUUGCUGAAUUUGGAGGAUGUUCACACUGCAAACAAGUCUCUGGUGGAAAAGAUUCGAGCAGCUCUUGAAUUUGAUGAAGACAGAUAUACCAUAUUCAAAGACAUAUCUGGACAGUACCGUCAGGGUUUACUUGAUACAGAAAUUUAUCUGGAUUAUGUAUGGGGAUUUGGCUUGUCGCAUCUUGUCCUUGAUUUAGCUAGACUCUGUCCUGAUGCACGGAAACAGAAAGAGCUUCUCGAUACCUAUAAUACCAGUCUUCGAACCAAUAUUGAAGAGGGUAAUGACCUGGCCGAUGGCAAUCUUCGCUUGAAAGAUGGUAAUCGUUCCAAGAAAGGUAAGGGGAAGUGUUUAGACAGAGAAGGCAGUAAUUCAAAGAAUACACGGCCAGACUCUGUACGAAAGCUUCAGUUGAGCUACAAACCUUCAGAAGAAGAGGUGGAGGUUUUGUCAAAAGAAGGGUAUCGUGGCUCCAAAGGCAAAACAAAUUUGGUAAUUGAUGAGCCGCAGGUGGAAUUGAAUUCUCAUAGUCAACCGUCAAUAAAGCUGGGGAGCCAGAAGAACUCCUCAGCAGCAGGUGGUGAAUCUGAUAAAAAAGUAGGAGAUGGGGGAGGUGGGAGCAAGCAACGGAAGAAAACUUCAAAAUUUCACCGGCUUCGCCUUGGUGAUGGCUCUGCACUUUUGGAUCUCAACAGUUCCAAUUCUCAUCCAGAUCCAGAUCUAGAUAAUGAUAAGUUAGAUGGGAGCAGUAACAAUGCAGGAGGGUUGCCUGCCCGUGGUGUUUGGAAAAAUGGAGCUCAUAGACUGUUCAAUUCUUAGCAGCAUAUUAUGAUGGAAAAGCAAACCCUUUAAACACUGUGCGAAGGGUUGUGUAGCAUGAUAAUUUUGACGGGGAAAGGUCGAUGCCUGUUCAUAUAUACCAUAAUGAGAAUAUAGUCAAACGGUUUGAUUUUUCUGCAUCAUUUUUUUUUUUUUUUUUCACUUGUUGCAUUUCAAAUUAAAAUUUGCUUCAGAAGUUGGGAUUCCGCAGAUGGUGAACGCUUUGUUAAAAUUUGCCUACUGCAAGAGUUCCUUGUUGUCUUGUGAUUUUAGACUGUUGAAUUUCAGAGGACUAAAGAAAGAUGGGAUGUUGCUGAA